AGAGAACUCAUAAGACAAUUUGAAACCGCAAAUAAACGUUGUUGAUUUGGGAAAGUAAGCUUUUAAGCGCAGUGUAAAUCAAAUCUACUUCAAGGAAAUCCUAAAUUUUUUUGGUAUUCUAUGGCAAACUGAAACAAAAUCGCUUUUUGGGUUUUCCGAUACAGCCAUAUGGCAACAUUGUGCUGUGAUUACUUUCCCUUCCAUUUACAUUUUACCUGCAUACUUGUCACCAAUAUUUUGUAAUUUGUUGUAGUUCACGUACUUUGUGUUGUGAUAAGCCAAAUUGUAAACAGCAGCAACACAAUCAGCCUUAUAACUGAUGGAACUGAUCAAAACACCGAAGGUAGAGAAUGUUCGUAUGCUGGAUAGAUACUCGAAGACCCCAUCUCAAGGCACACUAUAUUUAACUGCAACACAUUUGAUUUUUGUUGAUCCUGUAGCAAAGAAGGAAACAUGGAUUCUGCAUAUGCACGUAGCUCAUGUGGAGAAACUACCCCUGACAACGACAGGGUCUCCGUUAUUAAUUAGGACAAAAACGUUCCUUUCAGUUACUUUCAUAGUUCCAAAGGAAAGAGACUGUCAUGAUGUCUUUGUUAGCUUGCAACAGCUUUCUCAACCCACCAGUAUGCAGGUGUGACAUUAUCAGUAUUUACUGUGGUCUGUACUGUCAGUAUUUACUGAUGCAUCCGUUAGUAUGGUUCUUUUCACGGUUUUUGGCGGUUCAAAGUAAAACUACAGCAACUGCUUUCUUACAUCCAUUUCUCUCAUACAUACACAUGCAACCUACCCCUGUGUGUGAACAUUUGUUUGGUGCUGUACUGCUUCUCGUACACACCUCCAGCAGAAGAAAUCCAAAGAAGUGUUGGUUGGAACUUCCACGAUUUGCAAUCCGAGUACCAAAGAAUGGGCAUACCAAACGAACAAUGGUGCUUGUCUAAAUUAAACAAAUACUAUGAAGUAUGUGACACUUACCCAAAUGUCAUAUAUGUCCCUACAUCAGCCAGCGAAGAUAUACUUUUGGGCAGCUCAAAGUUCAGAUCAAAAGGUAGAUUACCUGUUCUGAGCUACUACUACAAGAAUAAAGCGAGUAUAUGUAGAUGUAGCCAGCCUUUGUCAGGAUUUAGCGCAAGAUGUUUGGAAGACGAGAAAAUGUUGGACCACAUUUUGAGGACCAACCCAAACUCUACGUUUAUGUAUGUCGUUGACACAAGAAGGAAGAUCAAUGCUAUGGCAAACCGAGCUGCUGGUAAAGGUUAUGAAAAUGAGAAUUUUUACGAAAAUAUAAAAUUCCACUUUCUUGGUAUCGAGAAUAUCCAUGUCAUGAGAAGCAGUUUAGCUAAACUAGUUGAAACAUGUGAACAAAGAAGCCCAACGAUAAACAGCUUCCUGAAUGGUCUAGAAUCAAGUGGAUGGUUGAAACAUAUAAAGUCGAUUCUAGAUACGUCUCAGUUCAUUGCAGAAGCAUUAGUUGAAGGAAUUAGUGUUGUUGUACACUGCUCUGAUGGUUGGGAUCGCACAGCUCAAGUUUGCUCUAUUGCAUCCUUACUUCUAGAUCCCUAUUACAGAACAGUGUCUGGGUUUCAGAUGUUAAUAGAGAAAGACUGGUUGGCUUUUGGACAUAAAUUCUCAGACAGAUGCGGACAUAUACAGAUGGAAAAUAAGGAAAUUUCCCCUAUCUUUACCCAGUUGUUGGAUGCGACUUGGCAAUUGAUGCAGCUAUUCCCUAUGUCAUUCCAGUUUAACGAAACCUUUUUAUAUACUUUGCAUGAUCAUGUACAUUCCUGUCAAUUUGGCACAUUCAUUGGCAAUUGUGAAAAAGACCGACUCAACUUAGAGCUGUCAAAGAAGACUUACUCCUUAUGGGGUUACAUGGCGAUCCAUCUCCAGGAGUAUCUAAACCCCCUGUUUAACCCUCAAGAGAGUCCAGAGGUACUCGUUCCAAACCUUCUACCACAGAACAUCAAGUUCUGGCGAGGUAUGUACUGUCGGUUUGAAAGCGGAGUGCACCCUAGGGAACCACAGAUGGAUCUGUUAUUAGCAACGUCGGAUUAUGUCUUCUCUCUUGACGAACAUGUUAAGUAUCUGACAGAUAGAAUUUCGUCUAUGAAGUCGUAUCUGUCUGGAAAAGUGGAGAGAAAAAACAGCAAAUCUGCGAAGAAACAGCUGUGCAAUAACGUGUUUUUAGAUAACAAGUUACAAUACGAGAAAGGAUCAAAAGAACUGCAGACUGUGAAUGGUGACCAGCACCCUUUAAGUCUCGAAACUAAAGUCAGUAAAGCAGAGGAUGCACUUGACGUGGACGCUAUCAAAGAAGAGAUAAAUUCAGUUGCAAUUGAUUGGAAACAGGCUAGAAAUGCCAAAGAAUGCAGCUGUUCUUUAACCCUAGAUCAGCUGAGUAAAAAAAUGCACUGUAGAAAAUGUGGAAAUAUAUUUUGUCAAAGAUGUAUCACAAAGAAAAGUGUCUUGCCAGGACAUGUCUCUCAGAUACCUGUUCCUGUGUGCAAGCCUUGUUUUGACAGUAUAGCUAAUGUAGGAGAGGCUUAGUUUUAUUAUUUUUGUAUUGCUCAUAGUGAGUUUUUUUAUUGUUACAGCAAUGUUAAGAUUGAAUUGUUGUAUUUAGUAUUACGUGAUAUAAUGGUAUAAAGAUUAAGGAAGCAUAAAAUGUCUGUUUUUUGUAUCUAUUUAUUUUAAUGUUCGGUGAAACUUUCAAAUACAUGUAACUUCCAAAA